CGCCUCCUCCGCGGCUCUGGUUCCAGUGGAGUCUCACGGACGUGGAGAUGGAAAUCCCGAGGCUGCUCCCGGCUCGCGGGACGCGACAGGGCGGCGGCGCUGGCAGCCCCGGGGGGGGCGGCGGCCGGAUCCACGGAGGUCCUGACCCGCGGGCGGGCCAGGCCCCCGCGCGCCGCCUCCUGCUGCUCCGGGGCCCCCAAGAUGGCGGGCCCGGGCGGCGGCGUGAGGAGGCCCGCGCGGCCUCCUCGGGCCCCGGCCAGAGCCCGUCGGCGCCUAGGCCCGAUCGCGGCAGCGGCGGCGGCGGCGGCGGCAGUGGCGGCGGCGAUGACUUCUUCCUGGUGCUUCUGGACCCGGUGGGUGGAGACGUAGAGACCGCGGGCGCGGGCCAGGCCGCAGGGCCCGUGUGGAGGGAGGAGGCCGGGCUGGGCCCGCGGCUCCAGGGGGGCGAAAGCGGCGCGAACCCUGAGGGCCGCCCUGCGCUGGGCCCCAGCUGCCUGUCUGUUAUCCCCGCCCCAGUCCCGGCCCUGGCCCCGAUCCCCGCCCCAGGCCUGGGCCCCGCCGCGGCCUUCGCGGGCACCGUCACUAUUCACAACCAAAACCUGCUGUUGCGUUUGGAGAACGGCGUCCUCACCCUGGCCACGCCCCCGCCGCCAGCCUGGGCGCCUGGGGUCGCCCCUACCCCUCAGCCCCGGGGUCUGAUCGCCCCGCAAGCGGGUAUCCCGCAUGCCGCGCAGCCUGGCGACUGUCCCGAGCUGCCGCCAGACCUCCUGCUGGCCGAGCGGGCGGAACCUGCGCCGGCCCCAGCGCCCGAGGCGGAGGCGGAGGGCCCAGCUGCUGCUGAGAGCCCCCGCGGGCCCCCUGGGCCGGGCCAGGGCGUGGUGCUGUACCUGUGUCCCGAGGCGCAGUGCGGACAAACCUUCGCCAAGAAGCACCAGCUGAAGGUGCACCUGCUGACGCACAGCAGCAGCCAGGGCCAGCGGCCCUUCAAGUGCCCCCUGGGCGGCUGCGGCUGGACUUUCACCACCUCGUACAAGCUCAAGAGACACCUGCAGUCACACGACAAACUGAGGCCCUUUGGGUGCCCUGCAGAGGGCUGUGGCAAGAGCUUCACCACCGUGUAUAACCUCAAAGCACACAUGAAGGGCCACGAACAGGAGAACUCAUUCAAAUGUGAGGUGUGUGAGGAGACUUUCCCCACACAGGCCAAACUCAGCGCCCACCAGCGCAGCCACUUUGAGCCAGAGAGGCCCUAUCAGUGCGCGUUUUCGGGCUGCAAGAAGACGUUUAUCACAGUGAGUGCCCUCUUUUCCCAUAACCGCGCCCACUUCAGGGAACAGGAACUCUUUUCCUGCUCCUUCCCUGGUUGCAGCAAACAGUAUGACAAGGCUUGUAGGCUGAAAAUUCACCUUCGGAGCCACACUGGCGAGAGACCGUUCCUUUGUGAUUUUGAGGGCUGUGGCUGGAACUUCACCAGCAUGUCCAAACUCCUAAGGCACAAAAGGAAGCACGAUGAUGAUCGGAGGUUCAUGUGCCCUGUGGAAGGCUGUGGGAAAUCUUUCACGAGGGCCGAGCAUCUCAAAGGCCACAGCAUAACCCACCUGGGCACAAAGCCUUUUGUGUGUCCCGUGGAGGGCUGUUGUGCCAGGUUCUCUGCUCGCAGUAGUCUCUACAUUCACUCCAAAAAACACUUGCAGGAUGUGGACACUUGGAAAAGCCGAUGCCCAGUCUCCACUUGUAAUAAACUCUUCACAUCCAAGCAUAGCAUGAAGACCCACAUGGCCAAAAGGCACAACCUGCGCCAGGAUCUCCUAGCUCAGCUAGAAGCUGCAAAUUCUCUUACGCCCAGCAGUGAACUUACCAGCCAGGGGCAGAAUGACCUCAGUGAGGCAGAGCUUGUGUCUCUCUUCUCUGACGCACCUGGUAAUAGUUCCGCUGCAGUCCUGGACACAGCAUUGGUGAACUCUGGGAUCUUGACUAUUGAUGUGGCUUCUGUGAACUCAACUCUGGCAGGGAACCAUGUCCCUGCUAGUAAUAAUAAUUCCUUAGGGCAGGCAGUGGAUCCUCCCGCCUUGAUGGCCACCGGUGACCUUCCUCAAAGUCUGGAUACCUCACUCUUUUUUGGAACAACAGCCGCCGGUUUUCAGCAGAGCCCCUUAGAUAUGGAUGAUGUCUCAACUCUAAGUGUGGGGACAUUGGGAUCUCUGGGCUCUUUGGCUAUGAAAAACUCGAGUCAAGAGCCCCAGGCGUUGACUCCCAGCAGUAAGCUAACAGCAGACACAGAUGCUCUGACUCCUUCAAGCACCCUUUGUGAAAGCAGUGUCUCAGAACUACUGCCGCCAACCAAAACGGAAUGGAAUGUACAUCCUGACUCUGACUUUUUUGGACAAGAGGAAGAAACCCAGUUUGGAUUCUCCAAUCCAGCAGGGAACCAUGGGUCUCAGAAAGAAACAGAUCUUAUCACAGUGACUGGCAGCUCAUUUUUGGUAUAAACUAAACUCUCUUCAUUCCUUGCCAUGUGGCUUACUUUUAUUGAUGACCCUCGAUUUUAAGAAUUCUAGACUAAAUGUUUAACUGCAGUCAUUUCUUUCAGGUUUGAAAAAGAACAGAGCCCUGGGCUGCAAGCUUGGAGAUUUAAAUUCUGAUCUUGAGACUGGAACUGACAAGUUGUGUGACCCUGAGCAAGUCACUUAUCCUAUCUGAGCCUUAAUUUCCUUAUUUAUAAAAUGAGCUGGUUUGAAUAGCCUGUUUCUAAGGUCGUUUCAACUCUGUGAUUCCUUGAUAAGAUGCUUAUUUCCUUGAAAAAAAUUAAGACAAUUUUAAGUGAUGUUGCAUGUGCUUGUUUUCAAACAUGCAUAAAAUGCACAUAAUAAUAAAAUGAACAUCCAUGUACUUGACACUAAA